AUGGCCCGUAGUUUUGUUAUUAAAGUGCCAGCUUCCAGUGCUAAUAUCGGUCCAGGUUACGAUGUUCUUGGUGUUGCUCUAUCAUUAUACCUUGAAUUAGAAGUUACAAUCGAUCCAUCCAAUGACAGUAUAACAAACACCGAUCCAAAUAACUGUCGUAUUACUUAUUCUGAAGAUUCAGAAGGUUAUGACUCUGUUCCAUUAGCCUCGGAUAGCAAUUUAAUUACACGUACUGCAUUAUAUGUUUUACGUUGUAGCAAUGUUCGUCGUUUCCCAUCAGGUACUACUGUUCAUAUUAAGAACCCAAUCCCAUUGGGCCGUGGUCUAGGUUCUUCUGGUGCCGCUGUUGUUGCAGGUGUUAUGCUUGGUAACGAAGUUGGACAAUUAGAUUUAUCCAAACAAAGAAUGUUAGACUUCUGCCUAAUGAUUGAAAGACAUCCAGAUAAUAUUACUGCUGCCAUGAUGGGUAGUUUCUGUGGUUCCUUCUUAAGAGAUUUAACCGCACAAGAAGUUGAACGUCGUGAAAUCCCAUUAGCUGAAGUAUUACCUGAACCAAGUGGGGGCGAGGAUACUGGUUUAAUGCCACCUUUACCACCUGUAGAUAUUGGUCAACAUGUCAAAUAUAACUGGAAUCCAAAGAUUAAAUGUAUUGCAAUCAUCCCACAAUUUGAAUUAUCUACAGCUGACUCUCGUAGCGUCCUUCCAAAGGCUUACACUACUCAAGAUCUAGUAUUCAAUUUACAAAGAUUAGCUGUUUUGACUAAUGCUUUAACUUUGGACCCACCUGAUGCAAAAUUGAUUUACCCAGCUAUGCAAGACAGAGUACAUCAACCAUACAGAAAGAUCCUAAUUCCUGGUCUAACUGAUAUUCUACAAAGCGUUACUCCAGCCACUCAUAAAGGGUUAAUGGGUAUUUGUCUAUCAGGUGCGGGCCCAACUAUCCUUGCAUUAGCCACAGAGAAUUUUGACGAUAUUGCUCAAGAAAUCAUCAACAGAUUCACCAAAAACAACGUCCAAUGUGAAUGGAAGUUGCUAGACGUUGCCCAAGGUGGUGCAACCGUCGAACAACUGUGA